CUCGUAAAAAGUGUAAAGUUAAUUCAACGUUCGUCUGGUUUUGCACAAUCUUCCCGUAUCCGGAAAGGUUGAACAGGCUAAAUUUAUGUCCGUGGCGUUUAUAACAUAUUCAGUGAACCGCGCAGCAUGGAAAUUUAUGCUUUCGAGCUUCGGAAACGGUGAAAAAGUUCAAAACUAGAAAGACUCAUGCUUGCGUGUGUAGGUCUCCAAAAGAAAGUGACACAUCUACAAGAAGAAAACUGCAAAAUUCGUGUUUCUAAAUAAGGAGAAAAAUCUUUCAAGGCAGUUGCACAUCAAGUUGAUUCUGGUAUAAUCACGGAUAGCUAAAGAAGAUGGCAAGUCCCCGAACCCGGCGUGUAUUGAGCGAUUUAAAGCCCAACGACGAUAACACAAAAUGCUUUGAAUGCGGCACCCAUAAUCCGCAAUGGGUUUCGGUAACCUACGGUAUUUGGAUCUGUCUGGAAUGCUCAGGAAAGCACCGUGGCUUGGGUGUCCACCUUUCGUUUGUACGAUCCGUGUCGAUGGACAAAUGGAAGGACAUUGAGCUGGAAAAAAUGAAAGUCGGUGGAAACCGUAAAGCACGUCAGUUUUUCGACUCCCAGGACGAUUGGGACGACACGUUGCCAAUCACUAAAAAAUACAACACUCGGGCAGCGGCUUUAUAUCGUGACCGAAUUUCCACUAUGGCUCAGGGUAAGGCCUGGGAUCAAUCUGAAGCAAUGAAUCGGGUGAAAGACAGUGGAUUUUCUUCGAGUGCUUCAUCGCACGCUAGCGGUGUCAGUCACUCUCGAAGCAGUGGUUCGUUGGGCUCCGGAAGCACUGCUGGUUAUUCAUCGUCUUCUGGUGGCGGUGCAGUUGGAGGAUACCAGAAUGGGGGAGGCUAUCAAGACAUGAGCUAUCAGCAGUUCAAUUCCGCGGAAUUUAAAUCGCAAAAGGAGGACUUCUUCAGCCGCAAACAGCUGGAGAAUGCUACCCGGCCGGAUAAUUUGCCCCCAAAUCAGGGUGGGCGGUAUGCAGGAUUCGGCUAUUCGAUGGAUCCUCCUCCACGAAGUCAGUCACAUGAGUUGUUCGAUUCUGUGCAGUCUUCGCUGUCUACGGGCUGGAACGUAUUCUCAAAGGUCGCUAAUGUAGCCAAGGAGAAUGCCUUCAAGUACGGUAGCCUGGCUUCGCAAAAGGUAGUUGAGGUUUCUAGCACUGUUACAGAUAAGGUUAAAGAAGGUACUCUGCUAGAAGGCGUCGGUUCUCAAGUAUCAAGUCUAGCUAACAAGGUCGGUGAAGUGAGCCGAAAAGGAUGGUCCGGCUUCGGUGGUAAUAGCUACAGCACUCCUGGAGGAAAUGAUCAACAAAACAAUUUUUCCGCUGAUUCUGGUAACGGUGGCUAUCAACGGUCUUCGUCAAAUGGGAAGCUAAGUAGCUACGGAGGAAAUGGCUCUAAUGGUGCUGACUGGAAUUCCUGGAACAACGAUAGCAACUCGAAUGCCGUAAAAUCAUAUCAAAAUCCGGAUAACGAAGGCGAACAAUGGAGCGGAUUUGAAUCUGGCACAUCAUCUAGCGCUAAGCUGCCUUCAACAGAUGGUGGCUAUCAAAGUUCUUCCUACCAGGAUAACAGUACGGCAAGUGAUCUGCGAAAUCAAAAUACCAACCAGCAAAGCCGAAUUGCGACCAAUCGCAGCAGCAUGAAGGCGAAAGCCGGCGCGUCGAAUUUAGAGAGUGAUUUCUCUGGAUUGGACAUUAAAAGUAAAGCGGCCGGUAGUAGCACCACUAGUAAAAAGAAUAACAACGCCGAAGACGAUCUGUGGAACAUGUUGAACAACUAGAUUACUUAUUGGAUUUUACGAAAUGGCCAGACCCGCCUAAAAGUUUAUAACAUGAACGAAGUAGCAUAAUUGAAACCCUUAUCUCGGUCAUUCUUUAUGGUGGGCAAAGUAGCAAUCUACCGAUGAUAUUUUUUGUUCCCUAUUUUAAUAUGUCUAAAGAAAAAAAAAAAGGUUGCAAGAGUUCACCAAGAUCUAUAUUAUAAAUUUUAUGUGUCGCUGUAUACUUUUCCUUAUAUUUCUCAAAGAAUCACAUUUAUUACACACAGAAGAGUAUUUAUCUGAGAUAAGUUUACGAUCAUAUAAUGUAUUCCAGCAAACUGUAGUUGAAAUUGAUAUUGCACAUAGACAAGAUACCUGCAAAAAAAUCUUUAAACCAUAUGAGAAUGUCUGAAACCAAUAAUUGUGCGAAUGAAAAGUUAAUCGAAUGGUAGUUUGAAAAAUAAAGUAUAUUAGUCGU